GUUUCGAAUCUAACGUCAACAAACACUUGGUUUUUUUUUCUCUCUCUAUAAAGUAACCCUACCCACUCCCCACAUCUUCCAUUCUAUUUCUCCUUUUGUAAUUUCUCUGCAGGGAAACUUAGAGAAGUUUUUAUCUCUGGGUUACAGAAGCCUUAUCUAGCUGCUUCAGUCUUUUUGGAUACCGGAACUGUCAAGUCUAGAAUUCGGAGUUGCUAUUCUUCCUGAAGCAAUGGAAGCAUAUGGAAAAUCUACCAUUGGUGGUGCUGCUAAUGUCAUUUAUCUGUCGACCAUUCUAGGUCGAGAUGGGCCAAAUCCAGUUCACAAAUGCGAUUACAAAUGUGAAAACGAACUUGUAUGUGGAAACAUGUAUUGUUGCAAACAAACAGGUCUCACUCACAUCUGUGACAAGAACUGUAACCAGAGGAUUUUGUAUGAUAACCAUAGUUCCCUUUGCCGGGUGAGCGGCCAGCUUUUUCCCCUCACUCCAGCAGAGCAGCAAGCAGUUAGAGGUGUGCGUAGGAAGCUGGAUACUGACAGUACUCCUGGUGAUAUCUGUGGUUUCAAACGCCGACGUGAUGCUCAGUUUCAUCCUUCUCCUUUCGAGAGAGCUUUUUCUACUGUCAGUCCCAUCUGUGGCCAAGUUGGAGAUGGCAUGGAUUUGAGCUAGACAUACCUACAUCGUAUUACUGGAAAAACUCUUUAUCUUUUAGUCACUAUCAAGCUCCUACUAAUUUUCCUUUCUUAAGUUCAUGGAACAAAUAGGAAUGGUGAAACUUUAUGCAAGUACUUGAUAUCGGACCUGAUGUGUCCUGGUUAUCUGUAGGAACAGUUUAUAUUUCUUGCUAUGUUUAUUGUUAUGGAGCUUCCUUUGGCUCAACUCUUGUUUGGGGUAUUAAGCAAGCUCAAGUUCAUUUUCUUGUGAAACUUGAAUUAAAUCCAGUUUCUCUCUAACCGGACUACUGGAUCUGAGCACUGACAGAUAUAGAGUGCUUUUGACAAGUAUUAUUACAUUUAAAUGUAGUGCAGUAUUAAUGUAUUGAAGUUUUUUUCGUUGUUUCUUCCAAUAACUAAUCUUUUAUUACUAGUGUAAUAUGUUUGUGCUUGGUGGACUUCGAAUCUUUUGGGAAGUGCACAAGUCAAUUAAUUUGUGGGUUCACUUAUUUGUUGAAUGGUCCAAUAUCACAAUCUAACGAAUAUAGUGUCACUUUGUAUGUUAGUUCUGCACAAGGGUUACUUUUAAGUUGACGGUUUGCGUUUUUGUCUUGCAUUGGCCAUUGCAGUACAGGUUUUAUCAAGUUCCUCGAAUGAGGGAUCUUCAUGGACUUUUACCUGGUACUCGUAGAAAUCUCACUAAGUUGUUAAGUUUAUUGCAGGUUGUACAUGCAUUACAUAAUCGUUACUUUGUCUUUGUUAUUGUUGUUUGUUUACUCAUUCCUCUACUUUGAUUGAUUAUAUAUGGGAUCCUGAAUUGGAUAUUAAUUUUUGCAGGGAUGAAGUGCGUACAUUCAGACAGUUUAAAUUGUCUCUCGAGAUGAAUAACUUGUCAUGUUUUAAAUAUUUUCAAGAAUAUAUAACUUGUUUCUGAUAAAUUCUUCUCCUUUCUCCAAUGUAGGUGUCUUUGCUCAUUUUGGAAAAUGAAGCUGGCUUUGAGCAGCGCUGAUGAGAUGUGAAAGUGAUAUGCAUUCAAGUUCUGAAGGCUAGCAGAUAUGUCUGCUUAGUGUGCUAGAGUCAUAUCACAUUAGAUACUGCCACAGCAUAUAAGCCCUUUGAUCCCAUUUUUACAGCAUCCACCCACAGGGCAUCUUCUGUUCGGCUGUCUGUGAAUGUUUUCUCCUGUGCUACCCCUCUCUGGUCUGACAGCGAGGCCUGAUGUUGGACUUUGAUUCUAAAUGACAACAUCUCUUGGUACCUGUUCUGUUGAAUUGUUUGUGAAGCAAAGAAAUUCCAUCCAUGAACAGCUUUCUGGCUUUGGCUACAAAGAAUGAGGCUGAAAAGAAAAGGCAGUGAGAGUUUUAUCAAAGGCUUGCUAAGCCAAAAACAGAAAGUAUUCAUUCAUCAAAAACAGAAAGCACAAGGAGAAGCUGAUGUAGCAGUUGUGCAAGUCAGGGAAAAUGUCGGUUCAACUUCAGUGGCAGCAGACAAUGGAGCUCUUAAAGGUAUAACUGGAAAGAACUGCGAUAACAAUGCAUGUUUUACUCUUAACAAAGUAUUAGGGGGCUGCAACGGAGAGGAAGGGAGGUAAUGAUCCUGAUGCUUCUCCAGGUUUCCCUCCCAAAAGUAUCCAGUGAAAGUAUGGGCUUCUGUUACGAAGUAGAACCCAUUGUGGGGGAAGUAUUGGGAUCUUUCAAUAGGCAACAAAAUGUCCCCCGAUAGGGCAGUUAGUGAUAUUAGGACUUAUGUAGAUUGUGCUCAUUGUCAUUCAACUUUAGUAGUAGUGGAUGAUGAAGCUGUUAAAGAAAUGGAAUUGUGGACAACUCCGAUGGAAGUGACUACAUAUGUCAAUGCUGCAAUAGAAUGGCCAAUGAGGGCCAUAGAAAAUGAAACAAGAGAAUGAAUGAACCUGAGAUUCAGAUUCCACAACACAAACUUGAAGCUCGGGUUGCUAGAAUUGAGAAAGUGAUUGGCUCAGCUUAACAUGCAAAAAUUUGAUCACAAGUCCGAAGAAACUAUGGGAGAAUAAAGCAAUUAUACGUUGUGCUUUAUCAGUAGCAAAAUAGGAGUAUAGAGAAUUUGCUUCCUUUGAUCUACUUAUUCACUAUAAGCUUAUAUGAUGCAUGCACGACUGAUUGUCUUUUUGUUGAAGAGGGUUUUAUAUACAAUAGUUCGUCUUUUCAUGCUUGAAAUGAAAUAAUCUCGUAGCCAAUUAUUGCU